AUGGAGGAGCCGCGCGCCGGCCUCGGCCUCUCGGCCGCCGCCGCCGAGCGCUUCAUCUACCCGUCGCUGCCCUACUCGCCCGUGACGUCCCCGCACGCGUCACCGCGCCUGCCGCGCCGCCCCACUGUCGAGUCCAACCGCGUCUCCAUCACCGGCUUGCAGGACUGUGUGCAGCUCAACCAGUACAAGCUCAAGGAUGAGAUCGGGAAGGGCUCCUACGGCGUGGUGAAGCUGGCCUACAACGAGGACGAUAACACCUACUAUGCAAUGAAGGUGCUCUCCAAGAAGAAGCUGAUGCGGCAAGCGGGCUUCCCCCGCCGCCCGCCGCCCCGCGGCGCCAGGGCCGCCCCCGAGGGCUGCGUGCAGCGCAAGGGGCCCAUCGAGCAGGUCUACCAGGAGAUCGCCAUCCUGAAGAAGCUGGACCACCCCAACGUGGUGAAGCUGGUGGAGGUGCUGGAUGACCCUGGYGAGGACCACCUGUACAUGGUGUUUGAACUGGUGAAGCAGGGGCCCGUGAUGGAGAUCCCCACCCUGAAACCUCUCUCCGAAGAUAAGGCUCGCUUCUACUUCCAGGAUCUCAUCAAGGGCAUUGAAUACUUGCACUACCAGAAGAUCAUCCACCGGGACAUUAAACCCUCCAACCUCCUCGUCGGCGAGGACGGGCACGUCAAGAUCGCCGACUUCGGCGUGAGCAAYGAGUUUAAGGGCACGGAUGCCCUCCUCACCAACACGGUGGGCACGCCGGCGUUCAUGGCGCCCGAGACGCUCUCGGAAACCCGGAAAAUCUUCUCUGGGAAGGCUCUGGAUGUCUGGGCCAUGGGCAUCACGCUCUACUGCUUCGUGUUCGGGCAGUGUCCUUUUAUGGAUGAGAGGAUCCUGAGUUUGCACAAYAAAAUCAAGACCCAGACCUUGGAGUUCCCAGACCAGCCAGAAGUUACGGACUUCUUGAAGGACCUGAUUACACGGAUGCUGGAUAAAAACCCCGAAUCGAGGAUUUCGGUCCCAGAAAUCAAGGAAAGUACUGUGCAACAGCCUUUCGCAGGAGAUUUCGGGUCCCCUGCCCCUGCCGGACCCUGGAAGGGGCGAGAAGCUGAGAAAAUGGAGACAAAGUUGCACCCUUGGGCCACCAAGAACGGCGUGGAGCUGCUGCCCACGGAGGACGAGAACUGCACGCUGGUGGAGGUCACGGAGGAGGAGGUGGAGAACUCGGUCAAGCACAUCCCCAGCCUGGCCACCGUGAUCCUGGUUAAAACGAUGAUCAGGAAGCGAUCGUUCGGGAACCCCUUCGAGGGCAGCAAGCGGGAGGAGCGGUCGCUGUCCGCGCCGGGGAACUUGCUGCCCAGGAAGCAAGGCAGCGAAGAUCACGUGAAAUGCAACGACCUGCCCAACGUGGGUGAGGACGAAGCUCUGUCGUGAGCGGCGCCGUGGCGGGGUCUGUUGGGCAGCGUGGUCGGGGGCACYGUGCCCAGCGUGCAGCCGAGGCCGCCGACAGAGCCUCCUCCAAACGCAGCAUGACGUGGCGCUAUUUCCGUGCCGUGCUGGACGUAGAGCUUACGUAGCAGCAUGUUGCAAGACAUCCGACUACAGUACUUGUCAUAAACAUUGAACAUCUCCGACCGCUUGGACUGCUGACCCCUUAUGGUGGGAAAGGUGCUGGCGGAGACGCGACGGGAGCUACGUGUUGAGCAGCAACAGAGCUUUGCAAAAAAAAAAAAGACAAAAGCAGACAAACAAGGUGCGGUUGAGACUGCUUUUACGUGGUUUUAAUGCCAAAUAAUUUAUAGGGACUCUUGCCAGGGUCCUAGGGGGAUUUUUAUGCCUACCUUGUACUCCGUGGKCAUACACAGAAGUGUGAAGCUUUUGCAAAGUGGCAUACACAACAGUAAAACUACACUUAUGCACUUUGAGAGUUCACAACCUCCCAGAAAUGUUGCAUCUUCUCUCGUUGUUCUGUUUUGUUUUGAAUCAACAUGUUUUUAACUGCAUGGGAACAAAGCAAAAAAAAAAAAAGAAAAAAAGACAGAAAGACAGACACCUCUUCAGCUUUUUAAAGAAUGCCUAUCUUUGUGAGCCAGCUUGUAUUCAAUAGCAUCUUUGGCACGUUCAGAAAGUAAUGCUAGUUACAGUGUUAGAGGAUGCCACUUUCUUAAGGUCUUGAUGUUGGUAGGACUAGAGGUUCACAAGUUAAGUAUUCAGUGUACAAAAGUAAAAGGUAUUUAAGGGCUUAAGUUCAGUCUGAACUUUUUUUGCUGCAGGCAUGUGAGUGAACGGGGGUAUUUAGCUGAUUGCUUGACUGAACAGCAGAAGAAGCACUAACAAAAGUUUGUUUCUAAAUCUUUUACUUGAUCUAGAUACAUAUAUUGUUAAAUAUAAAAUUCAGGGUAAAAAUCCUUCACUUCCAUGUACAUUACAUGGUUUACUACAAUUAAAAAUAAUACAAUACUUAUGCUAUUUUUUAAGUAUAGAUUUAGAGCUUGCUUAGAAUUUAAGAUCCUAAUGAAUUAUGUAGAUUAGCUAGUAAUUUUCAAAGAAAACUUUUCUUUUCCAGACUCUUAAUUUGUAUUUUUUGGGGCCAACACUAUGUGUUUUUUGCAAGUUCGUUACCAGUAGUUUGUGAAUGCCUGUGGAUCAAGGGCUUGCUAGCUGAGCUUAGUAAAUUAAGUGUAUACCUAUUACAUGGCUUGUUUCUUAUGAAGAACUGAAGAGCUCUUUCAGCUUCAGUCAGAUUACUCUGAUUAAUUUGUGGUGCUUGUAAAACCUCAGUGACAUGUGUCAGGAUAGACUCUGGCUUCAAAACUCGUGUGGUGGAUGCAGGAAGUGCAGUUAGGGAUGGAGGGAAGGAGAAGGUCUGGCUGCUUCUCUCGGACCAGAAGAGGUUUGUGGUUUAGGGGCAGUACUUUGGAGUUUGAAGCCAGGAAGCACACAGUUUUCCUCCCAGUUUGGUCUGAGGCUAUGCCAAAGCUCUGCACCUUCAGGUACAGGAAAGCAAACAGGUAAYGGAUGUCAGCACUGCUACUGCUGCAAACUUCCCCAACCCACCCCCUGAAAGAGGGCUUUUUAUUGUGGUGAUGUUGUUGUGUGUGAUUUCAAUCAAAUAACUGAUUGAAAAUGCUCGGUUUGGUUCUGUAGCCUUGUAAAUGGACUUGUUCUGGUGGUGGUGGGAAAUCUGACUGCUUGUAGGCAUUGCAGAGUAAUGUGUGUGGCAUGUUUUUUAUUAUAAGUGAGCUGUAGAGAUGCUUAGUGCUGAAUAUCUCAUUUUUUUUGUGAAUUGGCAAGUGCCUAGCGCAAUAGUUUAACUUGGCAAACAGGCUUGCUAGGUACAAUGCAGCUUCUAAACAAAAUAACCUAUCCCAGUUCCUGAAUGCCCAGCCACAGGGAUACUGGGCUUCAGCUAUAGCACAGAUCGGUGCCCAAGGCCAGGGCGCAGGCCUCGGUUAGGAAACAUUUGAAAGCUCAGCACUUCCUUAAAACUCACCUCAAAAAUGACUGUCUGUUAGUGUCAGCUCCAGUAAGGCUGCAGCCAAAUGCACGUUUCUGAUCAAAAUUUGAUGUAGAUUUCCUCGUUGAUUAGUUCUGUUGAAAGUAUAAACCCUUGGAUGUGUGAGAAAGAUAUYUUAUCUAAAUGCAUGACCUGUUAGAGAAGCUGUACUGUAUAUACAAAUCUGCUCAGUUCUGUAUCUGCUGUUUAGUAGUCAAGCAAUUUUGUUUUGUUUUUCCCUUAAAGUUUUGCUUGUGCCUUGAAAUUGGGUUACAGCUUGAUUUUCCCCAAUUCCCUUCCUUUUAAGCAAGACCAGUGCUGACUGAAUGGUUGCUGCUGGAUACUCAGCCUUUUUUGGCUCUGAAAGCACAUGGGAAAGUGCUAUGGGGAAACCAGGCCUCUCGAGUAGAUUUUUCUCCCCUGUUACCUAUCAGGCAAUUGACCUAUUUCUUUU